AUGGAUGAAGCGUUACCUAGCAACAGAGUCCAAACUUUCUUAAACAAGACUUCCACGUUACUGACGCUCAAGGAACUUACUUUGCUGAGCUGGUUCUAUUACCUGAAUUUACCGUCGUGUUGUCCAAGAAUGAGUGCGGGGCGACCUUCUGAAGGAGCUGGCUGCAUGUCGUGGUGGGGGUUCAGCCCGGCCCGAGACCUCCGGAGCUUCGGACCUGUACUCAAUAAAAAGGAAGUCAAUGUUUUACUUGUGGGCAGUGGUGAUCCUCGACAUAUUCUCAAGACCAUUGCUGGAUUGCCAGACAAACAUAGUCUCCAUGUGUGGGUGAUCGAAAACAACAUGGCGGCGGUGGCCAGGCAGAUGCUGUUGCUGUACCUCACACUGAUUCCAGAGAAAAGCAUGGGACUCAGUGAGAAGACUGAAGUUUUCCUUGAGCUUUUUGGAAACAGUGAAAUCCGCAGUCAGACAGCAGAGACACUCAGAGCUGCAGCAUCACAACUGAUCCUGUCCGUUACUGAAACUAUGGAGGAACCCACACAUCCGUGCUUAAAUACAUCACAACUCAAGUUCAAAGAGAGAGAUGAGCUGGCCAGAAUAUUCAAACAGUGGACAGAGCCAGAAUCUUCCGUCUCAGGGCAUCGUGGUUCCAUUGUGAUGUCUAAAGCCUGGGAUUAUCGAGUUCGUCAACAUCUUGGGACGCGCUACGACUCCAGGACAGGGUGCUUUGACUGGGACCUCGUCAUGAAGCUGCAUGAUAAAGGGGCCGGUCUAAUCCACAAAAAACAGUAUUCUCAAUGGCGAGCUGGAGGCGUUGCAUUUGAACUCAGAGAAGGCGUUUACCAAACUUCAAAUCCAACGUUACUGUCCUCCAGGUUGUUCAAUCAGAAAGGUUCUAAAGUUGCCGUUACGGGUUAUUGGGGCGACAUCGUGUCCAGUCCUUACCUUUCCUUUGGCAUCGAGACGGAAGAUAAAAGUCUGUUGAAGACACAGAAUGGGCACUACAUCCAAACAGCUCAAGACGUCUCAGUCGCUAAUUUGCAGACGAUGUUCCAGUCCCUGUAUCGUAGACAGAGAACUGCUCCUGACUCCUCUGAUAAUGACCCUAAGUGUGUCGCUGUUCAUGAUUUGAUGCGUCUCGAUGACUUCAGUGUAACUUUCCAACCACAGGAUGCUCUGAUAAAAAUGCCACAAAAAGAGAAAUAUUCAAACUUUUUCGAUGUGAUUUUCUUCUCCCUCAGCUGUGUUCAGCAGCUGGACUCUUCGCUGACAAAGAUGGUUGCACCAGACGCAGUCCUGGCAGUGGAGCUGCCCAAGUUUAUCCUGGAUUUGAACAAAGAACAAGAAAGCUGUUUUGUAAAUAAAGUCAAAGACAUUGCUCAAGAAUCUGGGUUUGAGCUUUGGAACGAGGACACAGCAGAUGAUGUUAUUGCUGUUUUUACUCCACAAACAAAGGUGAAAUGUUGA